UUUAGUAAAUUUUUUCAAAAUGAUUGGAGUCGGGCAGUUACAAAAUUUUACAGAACCCCUCUGCUGUAUGAGAGAAAUAAUUUGAAUUGUCUGUAUUUGAAAAAUAAGUUUAGUUACACAAAGAAAUACAAAAAAGUAACUCAUUGCUUAUUCGAUUUGGACGGCACUAUACUAGAUUCAGAAAUAAUUUACCACAAAGCAAUACAGAAAAUAUGUGAGCGAUAUGAUAAAACAUACAGUACGAAAUUAAAAAACCAGCUAUAUGGCGUGACUGAUCGUCAGCUGAGUAUCGGAGUUGUAAGUGCAUUGAAGCUGCCCAUCUCUGUAGAUGACUUUGAAAAGCAAAUGACUGAUAUGGUACAGAAAAACCUAACAGACGCACCAUUUAAAGAAGGUGCUGAGCGACUCUUGUGGCACCUCAGUGCGAGUAAGAUCCCCAUAGCUCUGGUAACCAACUCAACAGACCAAGCUGUACAAAUGCACGUCAAAGCUAGACCUAAAUUGUUUGGUUUAUUUCAUCAUAAGGUGUGCAUUACGGACUCAGAAGUGAAACGCGGUAAACCUCAACCGGAUAUGUACUUGCUAGGCGCCGCAAGGUUCACGCCGAAAGCGAACCCGACCCAGUGUCUCGUAUUUGAAGACUCAGUCGUAGGAGUCGAAGCGGCGGUUCGAGCUAAGAUGCAGGUUGUCAUGGUACCGGAUUAUCGUAUUGAUAAAGAGUUAACAUUGAAAGCAACGAUUGUCUUAAAAACCUUACUGGAUUUGGAUCCAACUUUAUUCGGAAUACCCGCAUUUAAAGAUGGCGUAAAACGUGGAUGUUGAAACGUAAAUUGGGAGGAUAGUACGAAAUUAUUCUUUUA